UAAACACCGUGCGUAUUAUAAAAAGGAGCGUUCGAAUUGAGAGUUCAUCAGUUACAGCUGAACAAUCAACGAGAUUAGACAAGUUCAGACAACCAAACAUGUUCGCCACAAUCAUACUCGCCGUAGCCAUCGUGGUACUAAUCCUCACGUACCUCAGAGGCAGAUACAAUGAAAACUACUGGAGGAAAAGAGGAACGGUUUUCUACAAGAGGAAUAAAACCUUCGGCCCUCUGUUGGAGUUCAUGACGGGAGAAAGACCAUUGUUCCAAGUGUUCAACGAACUUUAUUGGAGAUAUGAAAAUGAACCUGUUGUUGGAAUGGGCUCACUCGACUCGCCCGUUCUCUAUGUAAAGGAUCCAACCAAUAUUCAGUUCAUCACACAAACCAACUUCCAGAACUUUAGCCACAGAGGAAUUACAGUUUUAGAAGAAGAUUACCUGGCCAAUAAUGUUCUGUUCCUACACGGCCCGAAAUGGAAGGUAAUCAGACAGAAACUGACACCGAUUUUCACAACAACAAAGCUGAAGAACAUGUUCUACAUUAUCGAUAAAAGCGCUCAGGACUUCGUAGAACAUUUGAAGCAACACCCAGAAAAACUAAAAGGAGACACAUACGAACAUUUGAGUCAUUUCUGUACCGCUGCUCUCGCGGCCGCUGUAUUUGGAAUCUCUACAAAAUCGACGUUUGAUUCUCCUUUUCGUGAAAUGGCAAGACAAGCAUUAACUCCUACUUUAUUUUCAAACAUCCGAUUUGCAAUAAAUAGCGUCAGUGAUAAACUCUUUGCAGCAUUGCGAUUAAAAUUCUUCAAAGAUCAAGAGGGUUUCUUUAUUGGUGCAAUCAAAGAGGUACUCAAACAACGCAGGACAGAUAGUACUGUCAGACACGACUUCAUAGAUUUGUGUCUUGAUCUUCAAAAGAAUGGUCCAAUGGUAGACAAUGAAAGUGGAUACUCAGUCGAACCAACAGACGAGGUGAUGGCUGCUCAAGCAUUCUUCUUCUUCUUGGCUGGCAUUGAUCCCACAACUGCUGGAAUGUUUGGACCUUUGUAUGAAUUGGGCAGACAUCCAGAAAUCCAAAAGAGAGUACAGGAUGAAGUAGAUGCCAUCUUCGAGAAAUACGGAGGGAAGCUGACGUAUGAUGCAGUCUUGGAACUGAAGUUCACCGAAUGUGUAUUGAAUGAGGGUCUUCGAUUGCAUCCCCCAAUUGGCUUCAACACGCGCCAGUGUGUAGAAGACUCGGUUCUACCUGUAGGCAAUGUGCCUGUUGAGAAGGGUACGAAGAUAUUCAUGCCUUUUUAUGAGCUGCAUCACGAUCCUAAAUAUUUUCCGGAACCUGAUCGGUUCGACCCUGACCGCUUUACUAGAGGAGAGGUGAGUGAUAUGACGUACAUGCCGUUCGGCAUUGGUAAAAGGUUGUGUAUUGGUGCAAGAUAUGCUCGAAUGCAGAUCCUGACUGCGUUCGCUCAUAUCCUAAGAAACUACACACUGGUCACACACAUCAAAAAGGGGGGUAUGCAGUAUAGAAAGGAGCAAUUCCAAGUGCGACUCGAUAACUGUGAUAUUGAGUUGGUUCCACGGCAGCAGUGAUUGUUGUAAAAAUGAAUUUAGCUAGUACAAUGGACUUGGACAUUCUAUUGUUGUAAAAUUGUGAAGUGUUUGCUAUGUGGAUAGUGAAAAUUUGUCUAAUACUACUAGUACAUGUACUGAUUUAUAUUUUUUUUAUUAUUAUCACAGUCAAGAUUUUUCACAGUAAGAGUUUUUAAGCUAUUGUUUAUUUUUUUUUGUGUCAAUAUGUAUAAGAAGUCGCAAGAACGGUCUUAUGAUUAGAUUAUAAAAUGACAUGUUGGAUGUCUUAAUAAAAUGUGAUUUAUACUAAU